UCAACGAUUAACCAUCAACGUGAACGUACCAUCACGCAAAUCGGAAUUAUUUUUUAUUCUUUAAUCUUUAAUUUCUAUCACGAUUCACGAAUUUAUAAAUUAAGAAUUAAGAUAAUUGGUGUUUUGUAAUUCUGUAUCAAUUAACAAUAUUGAUUUACUAAUAUAUUUAGUAUUCAAUACUCAUUAAUUUUCAGCAUAAACCAUUCAUGUCUUUUAUCAAUAUUCAAUGCUUGAAGUUCCUGAAAUUAGAUACUGAAAAUUAAAUUUUAAAAAAUGCGUGUAGAACGUAGUCAAAGCCCCACUGAGCAGGUGACCAGCAUUUUAAAUGAAGCUGCCGUGGCUCCUGAUGAAAAUACUAAACUUGAUUUACUACUUAAAGCCAAAGAAGUAUUAUUAUAUCAAGAACCAAAAUUUUUACCACAAUUUAUUAAUGAUGUAAUUGCAUAUCAAAAUGAUCAUAGUUCUACAAUAAGAAAAUUUAUUGUAGCGUUCAUAGAAGAAUGCUGCAAUAAAGAAAAGUCAAAUGUUUGUGUCACAUUACCAAAUGUAUUAAUGCUACUGAAAGAUCGAUCACUUGUUGUUCAAAAAAGAGUAGUGCAAGCAGCUAGUAAUAUAUAUAGAGCUGGAUUACAAUGGAUAUCAAUGACUGAUUUACCUAGUUCUGAUCUAUCAACUGUAUGGCAAGAUUUAACAAAUUUGAAAUCGCAUGUAAUUAACAUGAUUGACAAUGAUAAUGAAGGUAUUCGUACUCAAGUAAUUAAAUUCAUGGAAACAGUAAUACUUGUACAAACAUAUAAAGGUGAAGGUGGUGUAGAUCGUGAGAAUGAUUUAUCACUUGAAGAUAUACCUUUAACUCUUAAAGUUACUCGCCGUAGAAGACUUGAAGAUGAAGCAAAGGUGGUAUUUGAUCUUUUGUCAAGAUUUUGUCAAUCUGGUAAUGUAGGCUGUGCAAAUUUAAUGACUUGCAUGGGAUCAUUAGCAUUAAUUGCCAAAUUCCGUGUGUCAUUUAUUGAAAAAGUUUUAACUAUAUUAGAAACGUUAAUUAAAAAUAUACCUAAUUCUUUAACACUGAGUCAAUCAACCUCUGUUCAGAAAAAUCUUAAAUUACAAUUAUUAAGUUUAUUGCGUCUCCCAGCUUCAAUUGAACAUCAGCAAAUUAUUGGAAGACUAUUAUUAGAUAUUGGGGCUUCUAAUCAAGAAAUUAUGAAAGCACUUCAAGUUCUGUCAAAAAAUGAAGAUAGUAAAAAGUUAUUACGAUCCUUAAAACGUAAGAAUGAUGAUAAAGAUGAUAAAAAAACAGAUAAAGAUGAUAUUCCAGAAAAAAAGAGAUGUACUGAAGGUACACCACCAGAUCGACAUAUUAAUUCAGUUAAAGCAUGGGUACUUGAAAAAUUAUCUCCAGAAUCCAUCACAAACUUAAUUAUGACAUUCAUGCCUAAAUUACCAUCAAAAAUGCCUUCAGCUUUUAUAACAAAUUAUACUCCAAUAGCUGCAGCUGGUACUGAUAACCACAUUAAACAUGUAGCAAAACUGUUAGCUACUUUAAUAUGUGGAUCAGAUAUUGUUAUUCCUGAUCUGAAGUAUAUAACCCAAAAUGAUGAUGAAUCUUUAGAAGGAGUAAAAGAAGAAACGGUAAAAAUGGAAGAAGAAGAUAUACUUUUAGCUCAACCAGCAGAAUUAAAUAUGAAUAACUGUCAAAUUGAUCCUAUUGAAGCUGAAGAAUUAGCUAUUGAUGCUUUACUUAGAGUUUUAGAUACUAGUAAAAUUAUAUUAUCAAAACAGUUUAAAGAAGUACACAUUAAAGCUAUAACUAAAGUGGCAGUUAUGUGUAGUGAUGAUUUUCGCAACACUAUACUGGACUACAUAAAUUUGGAUAUGCCUAAAAAUAUGAAUUUAUGUUUAUCAUGGUUAUAUGAAGAAUAUAGUGUAAAUCAAGGAUUUAUUAAAGUUCCAACAGCAUUUAGAAAUACUUUAUCUUCAGAACAAAAUUACAAUACUGUUUUAUGUGCAUUAAUCAGAGGUGCAUUAAAUAUUGCAGAUCCUAAAGAAAAAGAAGAUGCUAUAACCACUUUUUAUUUUGAAAGUCCAUUAAUUACUGAUGACGCAGUAGAUAUUUUGAAAGAAAUUUGUGGUGAUCAUGCAUUUGGUCUAUUCAUUCUCAAUGAAUUGGUUACAAAACGCCCUCCAAGACAAUUAGUGUAUUUAAAUGCACUUCUUUUCUUCACUUCACAUAAGAAUGAUAAACUUCGAGAAAUUGCAUUGAAUUUUAUCAGUAAAUUGUAUAAAAAUAAAGAUUUAAAAAAUAUUAUUGAAGAAUAUGCUACUUUUUACUUGGGAUUCUUAAGAUUGCAAUUACCCCCUGAUGUACUUUUUGGUCAUGAAACAGGCCGAUUGGUCAAAUCUGAAGUGUGGGAUGAAGAUUCAACUACAGCUUGCUUAUAUCUAUAUUUCAUGUUAAUGGCUGAUAACUAUGAACUAAUUCACGAAUUAGCAGCUGUAUUUUCUAACUCUCAAGGAGAGGUAAAACGUUCAAUAAUAAAACUUUUACCACACCCUAUUCAAAAUAUGCCAAUGAAUUCAACUGAAAUGUUUAGACUUCUUGAAGAAAUACCAAAAGGAUCUGAAGCAAUGAUAACCCGAGUGUUGCAUACUAUUACUGAAAAAGAAAUUCCAUCAGCGGAGUUAGUAUCAAGAGUUAAAAAAUUAUAUGAAAAUCAGUUAGUUGAAGUACGUUUCUUGGUACCAAUAAUAUCGGGCUUGGAUAAGAAAUAUAUUUUGAAUGCUUUGCCUCAACUAAUAAAAUUAAAUCCAAAUGUCGUAAAAGAGGUUUUCAACAGAAUUUUGGGUAUUAACUAUUCAAACUCAAAUCCUCCAGUCAGUCCAGCUGAACUUUUGAUUGCAUUACACACAAUGGAUUCAGAUCCUAAUGACCUCAAGUACAUUAUUAAAGCUACAUCAUUGUGUUUUGCUGAAAAAUCUGUAUUCACGCAAGAGAUAUUGGCUAUUGUCAUGCAAAAUUUAAUGGAUAUAAAUCCAUUACCAACUUUAUUGAUGCGUACAGUUAUACAAUCUCUGACAACUUUUCCACGUUUGAUUGCUUUUAUAAUGAACAUACUCCAAAGACUUAUUCUAAAAAAAGUGUGGCACCAAAAAACACAAUGGGAGGGUUUUAUAAAAUGUUGUCAGAAGACAAAACCUAAUAGUUUUCAAGUGUUACUACAAUUGCCACCAGAGCAGCUAGAAGAUGUUUUAUUUCAAUGUCCAGAAAUGAGAAAAUCAUUAUUAGAUCAUGUACUUAGUUUUACCGAAGUACAACGUUUACACAUUCGUCAAGCAAUUAUGGAUGUUAUAUUUGGAAAAAAAUUGGAAGUACCAAUGUAUCAAAAUUUAAAAGUGAAAUGUGAACCUGUAAGCAAUACAAAUAAUCAACAUGUUAUAGUGUCUAACGAAGAAAAACAAUCAUCUGAAAAAAUAUCUAAUUUGAAAGAAGACGAGCUUAGGCCACCAGGUGAUUGUGAUGAAGACUCAAUCAAUGGAAUAUAGUUGUAAUACUACUUAAGAACAUUAUCACUAUGUCCAUUUAUUUGUACUUUAUUUUAAAAUGAAUACAAUUAAUUUAAUCAACUGUUAUAUUAAAAAUGUAAUUGAAUAAACUUUUAGUUUAAUACAUAUUUUAUUGGU